UGUUUCCAGGUGACGCGAUGCGCUCAGACAGCGGCAGCCCCCGCCGCAGCGGCGUCGGCCCGCAUUAAGAAAUUCGCAAUCUACAGAUGGGACCCCGACAAGCCAGGAGACAAACCACGGAUGCAGACCUACGAGGUGGAUCUCAAUACCUGUGGCCCUAUGGUCCUCGAUGCACUUAUCAAGAUAAAGAACGACAUGGACCCCACAUUGACCUUCCGUCGGUCAUGCAGAGAAGGUGAGCGCGCCCGGCAGAGCAUGUUGUGUUAGCGGUGUGUUACGUCAGGCCUACGUACGACGGCGCUCAUCUUCUUCUAUUUCUCUGUUCUCCAGGAUCUCAGCAACUUCUACGCUCAGUAUAAGUCCAUCGAGCCUUACCUGAAGAAGAAGGAUGAGAGCCAGCAGGGGAAGGAGCAGUACUACCAGUCCAUAGAGGACCGCGACAAGCUGGACGGACUGUACGAGUGCAUCCUGUGUGCGUGCUGCAGCACCAGCUGUCCCAGCUACUGGUGGAAUGCAGACAAGUACCUCGGGCCGGCUGUCCUCAUGCAGGCUUACCGCUGGAUGAUCGAUUCCAGGGACGACUUCACAGAAGAACGCUUAGCGAAGAUGCAGGACCCCUUCUCCCUGUACCGCUGCCACACCAUCAUGAACUGCACCAGGACGUGUCCCAAGGGGCUGAACCCCGGCAAGGCCAUUGCAGAGAUCAAGAAGAUGAUGGUGACCUACAAGGAAAAAGCCGCCGUCGCAUAAAAUCUCAGCCGGUCUCCAGCACGCGUAGUCAAACGCACAACGGUCCCUUC